UGCGAAAUUUCCACCUCUCUGGCUUAAGUUUCUUUCUGUUGUACGUCCUUACACUCGAUCGUGCCCAAUGGCUACGAAUAACGGAGGUGAAUCGCCAGAUUUCUCGCAACCCUGGAAAUUGAGCGACGUUGUUCUUGUCGUCGAAGAAAAAAAAUUUCAUGUUCACCGAGCCAUGCUUGCCCUUUGGUCGCCUGUGUUUGAGAAGAUGUUUACCUCAGAGUUUCAAGAAAAGGAGAAGAAGGAAAUCCCUCUCCCUGACAAAAAAGCGGUUGAGUUCAAAGAGUUCCUUCUGCAUAUGUAUCCGUCGGGCAAAGAGAGAGCAGUAACGGAAGAAAACUGCUGCUAUCUGCUAAAGCUUGCUCACGAGUAUCAAAUGACAGCCAUUGUGGAGAGAUGCGAAGAUUUCAUGGUCGGUGCGGUUAAAGCAAAGCCGAAUAAUAGCAUCCUGGAAUAUUUGGUAACUGCCCAAACAUACAAGCUAAAAAAUUUGAAAUUGGCCAGUGUUAAACGAUCACACAGUCUUUGUUUAGGUGAGCUGAAAAGCAACAAGACGUACGAGCAAAUCGAGCGGGAGAAUCUUAAAGAAAUCAUGGAGGGAAUUAUAGAGCGAUUGGACAGAGAAUUAAAUCAGUCCCAGUCGGUCUCUGCGACUCGGGAGAUUACAAUUGACAAAAUGAAAGGAAUUCACAUCUCGGUGAGAGAUGAUGGCUUACUUCGCGUGGGAAAUAUUGCUAGAUCGCUCGUUAGACAUGCAUAUGGUGCUAAUAAAGGCAUUUAUUCGUUAAUAAACUGUUCCGACACUGAAAGCUGUCUUGAAGCUUUGGCUAAUGACCAUCUUACAAUGAGUGGCAAAUGUACAGGCCUAAGUGAAACGGUUAGUGACCUUAGAAAGCUGAAAUAUUCUCUCGAAGCUCUUAAUAGUGAUAUUGCACUUGAAGCUCAUUCACAGUGUUCGAAACAGAAAGGCGAAAAAGCAAGCCGUGCUAGACUCUUUUAGCUAUGUGGUCACGUGGUUUGAAAUGGGUAAACAAGAAUUCGAAAUGGCUGCUUAAGUAUAUGCUGCAGACAACAUCUUAUGGACGAAAUUCCAUCUUCUCUCGCCCAAAUUUUCAUAGGCAUGGAUAAAUCAGCACUCAAAUGACUUAAGUAAUGUAGAAAUCGGUGACAAUCGAAAUGGAGCCUUUAACUGAGAUUAUAAACAACCUCAAUCUGGAAAAACAAACUUGUGAGCACACGAUCUUUCAAGAUCGCAAAAAUACAGGAAACGGGCACAAAAGAGACGCAAAUGUGUUGCAAAGAGAACGUUUUGGCGACUUUGUGACUUGAGAUCAGAAUGGAGCUAUAUUUAUUUCGAAAUCUGUUUAAUGUUUUUUUCUUUUUUUUUGUUUGGCGAUAAUUGUUACGCUCUGGUCGUAUGAUCGACAGCCGGUCAAGGUCAUCACACGACUGAUGGCUGACACUGUUCUGACUGUUGUUUUCAUCUUUAAAAGCUACUCAACGGCCAUCCUAGAUAGAAAAGAACAGAAUAAAAUGAUCAAUAGCUAGUCUUUUUUAAAUCUGUACUCAAUUUCAAAUUAGUUUUACGAGUUCUAGGUUUCAUUUCUCUUCAAACUUUCAGAAUUUUCCUUUCAAUAAAGGGGAACAUUUUAUAAUUCGUUGUUGUUGUCUGUGUCACUGAGGUCUUUGCCAUUGUAAUUGCAAAUGCUAAUGGGUUAAAUAGAGUAAACUCUCAACUCCUCAAAAAAUAAAAUGAGCUUUUUCCUUCAUCAAUCGAGGACAAUGGCUAUUUCUAUUUCCUUUUUUUAUGCCUAGAUAGGAUGUUAUUUUUCUCUUUCAGUUUUAUGUUUGUUAGAUC